AGGAAGCGCAAACGCAGUCAGCAAGUGUGUGGGACUUAGCUAGUUAACUCAGUAACGCAAGCAAACUAUCCAAACAAAUAAAAGCGGAUGUUCGCCUGAUAUUCACACGCAGCGCGCGUUACUGGCUCGUUGACACGCUGCGUUUGAAGAUGGGAGCUAACAACAGCACCCGCCGCGUGUCAUUUGAGUCAGACGAGAACGAGAACGUAACAGUGGUGAAGGGCAUCAGGCUUUCAGAGAAUGUCAUCAAUCGCAUGAAGGAGCCUGCAUCUCCUCCUAAACACAAAAAUGAUCCCUCUGCACCACCAUCCAAGUCUCCUCUUCUCAGUCCACCUCCUCCCGUUCUCCGGGCAGUGCCUCCCCUGUCUGAGCCCAUCACCUCCUUGCCUCCUCCCCCUCCUUUUGUAGAACCAGCUCCGGCUCCUCCUCCAUCAUCUCCAUCAGCCACAGAGACUGUGGCUGCACCUCCACCGCCUCCUCCUCAACAGGCACCGGUUUCUUCCCCUCCAGUGUCUAAGCCAGUGGCAGUGCCUCAGACAACUCCAGUUACACCCUCGGCUAAACCAGCAGUUGACGAGGCAGCCCUGAGGAAGAAGAUCACUGAUGAGCUGUAUCAGGGCUUGGAGCAGGAGAGGGCCAAGGCAGACAAGGAGCUGCAAGCCUGGCUCCAGGCGGAGAAGGCCCGUGCCUCGGCGCAGGCUCACGCCGAGGCCCAGUCCCAGGUCCAAGAUGAGGUGUCCAGGAUCCUGUCUGCGGAGCGGACCUUAGCCAGCGAGAGCAUCCAGCAGGCUGUCAUAAGGGAGCGGAUCGCCACGGAGGACGAGAGGCUCCGUGCUCAGCUCUAUGCCAAGCAGCUGGAGGCCAGAGAAGCCGACCUACGGAAGCAGGACGCUUACUACAGAGAGCAGCUGUCCCGCCUGGAGGAAAGGACUGCACAGUUCUACAAGGUCACCUCAGAGAACUACCACAAAGCUGCAGACCAAGUGAACGCCAAGUUCAAGCGGUAUGAGGUGUAUCCCGUCUGCGCGGACCUGCAGGGCCAGAUCCUCGCGUGCUACAAGGAGAACGUGGGGAAGACCCUCCACUGCUCCAACAUUGCAGCGCUGUACCUGCAGUGCGUCAACAACGCCAAACAGAACAAGUUGACGACCGGGGGUUAAGGAACAAAGACGCAGCGAAGAGUUUUUUUUCUGUGGGAUUACUGAUGUUCGAGCGACUGACACCAAACACAGAGGAAGGAGCCGGCACCAAGACACAAACCCUCACACACCAAGUGGAGACCUGAACCAAACCACACUAGAGGCACUGAACGCAGCAGCCUCUCCCAUGACUCCACCUCCCUCCCGUCCUCCUGUAACCGUUGUCUGUGUCUGCUGUGAGAUUAGCAUAGAGGUGGUGGCCCUGGUUACAAGCACAUACAGCGUAGCAUCCUGUGCAUGUCCUCGACUUUCUAUCCAUCAGUUUGUGUAAGUGUGUGUUAGUAAUGACGCAAUCAUAAUGUUGAGUUCUCCACCAACAGACUUGUGACGGUGUCUGAUGGUAGGAAAUAAAAGACGAGACCAUGCAGGAA